UGCAGCUGCUGUGAGACCAGUGUUUAGGCCGCGUCAGCUGCAGCUACACCUGCCCUGGAUGAUUUUCCCGAUGGGUUGUGGAGGGAGUCGGGCGGACGCGAUCAUCGAGCCGAGGUAUCAUGAAAGCUGGACCAGGGAGACGGAAUCGACGUGGCUUACCAAUACGGACGUGGAGACCCCUCUACCAGUAGCAAACAGUAAAGCUCUGGAGUCCAGUCUGAGAGAGAAGAGGAUGGUGAACACAGGCACUCAGUGUGGGAAACAGGCCCUCACCACCACCGGCUCCAACCACCAGAGGAGACCCAGACGCUCCUUGAGUGAUCAAACCACUCGCGACUCCAAAAGGAGGGCGUCGAAGGAGGCCAACGCUUUGUCUAAGGAUGGGCCGUCUGGCAAUGUCAAUAGUAGUGGAGACGCUGAACCUGGCACUGUGUGUGAUGAGAGAUGAAGAAAAGCCGAGACUCUGUGAGGAGGAAGAUGGCCGAAGCUGGGAGCAGUUCACCAGAAGACGGGAUGGUGAUUUACAGAAGUGUGUGGAUGAUGUUUGCUAGUGACUUUGCAAGAUUUUGGCUGCUGAUCUCAGUGAUUUACAACAUAAGCACCUGCAUAUGUCUCCAUCCAAAGACCUCUGGAUGCUGCAUCUUCGUUGUGCCAUUGCAACUGCAUGUGUGAAGCAGGGAGUGGGUCGCAAACAGUGUCCACACUCUCCACCAUGCUUUUCUCCCAUGCUUAUGGUGCCGGUCAGGGAAUGUGUCACUGUGUUAAGCCAAUUUUAAGAAAACAAGAACAGGCCAU